AUGUUGCAGCACCGCCGCUGUACUGAUGCUGCUUGGGGCCACGCACCUCUUGCACCGCACUUUGGCCACCAGCAUGCAUAUCGCAGCACGGAAGGGGCUGGUUGGUGUGUGCUGAGACAAGGGAACACAACGGCAUGUAACCCGCCUUGUCGUGCCAACAAGACAUCCAGAGCUUCUCGGCCGGCUUUUGAACCACGCCCACUCAUAGAAUGUGAGUGGAGAGCCUUCGAACAGGCCUGCAGGCAUCCACGGAAAGCCGUGAAGAAGAAGCGGAAGAAGGGAACUUCACAAGAAGAGAGGCAUGUAAAGAAAAUGAGCAGGGAAAUUGAAAGAGAUCGCGGCAAAUCUCGCUACAUCGCCAGCAGACGGCACCAUGAUGAAUGUUGCAGCACCGCCGCUGUACUGAUGCUGCUUGGGGCCACGCACCUCUUGCACCGCACUUUGGCCACCAGCAUGCAUAUCGCAGCACGGAAGGGGCUGGUUGGUGUGUGCUGA